CCACUUCUACCAAAAAAAAAAAAGAAAAAAUGGAAAGACGACUGUGACAAACUGACAAGGAAGAGAGGUUCAGUACAAAGCAUAUUCUAAUACUACUUUUGUCACUUUCAUUUGUUUUCCUUGGUUUUCUGAGCUUUGAGUUAAAAGGUGAUAAUCAUAAUCAUCAGGGAAGGGAUCUUCUAUUUUGAUUUUAAAUGAUUUAGUUGGCCUUUUGAGCUUUGAGAUAGAGACCCUUUUCGCAGGAAAGGUUCUUAAUCACCAGGAAAGAGGUCUUUUGAGCUUUGAGAUAAAGACCCUUUUCGCACAAGGGUGAUAAUUAUCAGGAAAGAUAUCUCCUAUUUUUUAUUUAUUUUUUUUAAAUUUCUUCGUCUUUACAUGGGUUGACAAAUUUAUGUUAUAGCUUCGAGCACAAGGUUUCAUUUCAGAGUCAUAGAGUUGCUAAAGGUUUUUUGAGCCGUGCCGUCUCCCUUUCUGCAGAGAAACUAGGGUUUUGUUUGAAGAAAUCACAAGGGGUUUUGAGAGAUUCUAGAGAGAGAGAGAGAGAGAGGGCAGAGACAUUUGCAAUAUUUCUGUUGCAAAGGAAGUUCGAAGAGGAGAUUCAGAAAGUCAAUUGGGUCAGAUUGGAGGGAGAGCCUGCUUGGAUUAGAUGGUAUGCUUUCUCCAUGGCUGUUGUGAGUCCUAUUCCUUUUCUUACAACACAAAUUGGAGGGAUUGAAAUUCAUGAUCUAGAUAUCUCUGGAUUGAUGGACACCUCUGGAGAGAUUGAAGAAGAACCCCGACUUCUAGUGGAAAAUAAGAUCUUUGUGGCAGUUGGGAAAGAGGUGAAGGAGGGCAAGUCGACUUUGUCAUGGGCGUUGAAGAAUUCAGGGGGGAUGAAGAUCUGCAUACUCCAUGUUCACGUGCCAGCUCAAAUGAUCCCAAUGCUGGGUGGGAAAUUUCCAGCAAACACACUGAACAAACAGGAAGUCAUGGCAUACCGAGAACUUGAAAGGAAAAAAAUGCAUGAUGCUCUAAAUGAAUAUCUGUCCAUGUGUCACCGAGCAGGGGUAAGGGCAGAGACAAUAUACAUUGAAAAGGACAAUAUUGGAGAAGGGAUUGUAGAGCUCAUCAUUCAGCGAGGGAUCAAAAAGCUUGUGAUGGGUGCCGCAGCAGACAAGCACUACUCAAGGAAAAUGACAGGGCUCAAGUCCAAGAAAGCUAUAUUUGUCCGUGAAAAAGCACAUGUUUCUUGUCAUAUAUGGUUUGUCUGCAAGGAGCUCCUCAUGUACACAAGGGAAGGUAACUUAGAGGGAAGUGAACUAGCAAGUCCAAUCAGCGUUACUGGCCAGGUGGAGAAUUCGAGAUCCAAAUUUCCUCCUAGUCCCAGGGGACAGAAGCAUUAUUCAAAGCCCAGUAAUCCAGUUCAGGACCUGCUUCGAAGAGCUGUAUCUAUCAACAGUAGCGCUUCUAGAAGAGGAAUCACAUCAUUCUCUUCCUCAGAAGGGACUGUUGUAGCGCCAUCAGCACUGCCAAUCCAAUCAAAUGGAGAUGGAUUUUCCAGUGAAUUUGAGGGGAGUGGGACAUCAAGGAGGAGUCCUUCUAAGUUUUCAGAGGCUUCAGCAUGGUCUUCAAGUGAUGUGUUUGAUACUUUUGAGUCGUUCUCAAUUGUGAGGGACGGGGGAAGCAAAGCAGGGACAGUAUUGUACUCACUGCCCGGAUGCGAAGAGAAUCUCCAUGAUUCUUCUCUUCCAAAUACGCUGUUGCUGGAAGAACAGAUGAAUUAUGAACAGAUGAAUUAUGAUAUACAUUCUCAACUGGAACGAGCCAUGGUAGAGGCUGAAAACUCUAGACGUGAAGCAUUCGAAGAAUGUCUCAAGCGUGGGAGAGCUGAGAAGGAUGCUUUUGAGGCUAUAUGCAAGGCCAAAGCAUCAGAGGGCUUGUACGAGAAGGAAAAAAAGCAAAGGGAAGAACUGGAAGUUUUGCUUUGGAAAGGAAAACAAGAAUUGGAAAUGUUGAAGAUACAACGAGACCAGGUCAUGGAAGAACUUCGGAUCACCCUGGACCAUAGGUCAAAACUGGAGAGUCAAAUUGCUGAUUCUGAUCAAAUGGUAUCAGAAUUGGAGGAGAAGUUUCGCUCCGCUGUGGAACUCUUGGUGACCAUCAGGAAUGAGCGUGAAGAGCUACUGAAAGAGAGAGACAAUGCAGUAAGAGAAGCUGAGGAACUGAGGAAAACUAGGGAAGAGGAGGCCACCAGCUCGCAUACGCCUCCGUUCUUCUCUCAGUUCUCUUUCCUAGAGAUUGAUAAAGCUACUAGCAACUUUCACCAAAGCGGGAAGAUUGGAGAAGGGGGAUAUGGGCUCGUUUAUAGAGGAACACUUCGACAAACGCCUGUAGCUAUUAAGUUGUUGCACCGUGAUAACUUGGAAGGCCAUGUGGAGUUUCAACAAGAGGUGGAUGUAUUGAGUAGAGUGAGGCAUCCAAACCUUGUCACCCUCAUUGGAGCUUGCCCAGAAGCUUGGGCACUUAUCUACGAGUACCUCCCCAAUGGCAGCCUCGAAGAUCGGCUUGUCUGUAAGGAUGGAACUCCCCCUCUCUCAUGGAAAACUCGAAUACGUAUCGCCAUCGAGAUCUGCUCAGCCCUCAUCUUCCUCAACUCUUACAAGCCUCAUAGCGUCAUCCAUGGCGAUCUCAAGCCUGCCAACAUCCUCCUUGAUGCCAACUUUGUCAGUAAACUUGGUGACUUUGGGAUCUCCCGCUUGAUCCGCCGUCCUGAGAGUUCAAACCCAUCCACAUUAUGCUAUAAAACAAGCCCAAAGGGCACCUUUGCAUACAUGGACCCAGAGUUUCAGGUAACCGGAGAAAUGACGUCAAAGUCGGAUAUCUAUUCAUUUGGGAUCAUAGUGCUGAGGCUGUUGACUGGGAAACCCGCCAUGGGAAUAGUAAAGGAAGUGCAGUAUGCACUUGAGAAGGACAAUCUGAUUGCGGUGUUAGAUGCAUCGGCUGGUAACUGGCCAUAUGUGCAGGCCAAACAGCUGGCUCAUUUGGCAUUGAGGUGCUGUGAGAUGAGCGGAAAGAACAGACCAAACCUUGGAGGAGAGGUCUGGAGGGUGCUUGAGCCUAUGGGGGCUUGCUGGGGAGCCAUGUCGUUUUCCAGGUUGGCAUCAGGGGAGCAUUGCCGUGUUCCAUCCUAUUUCAUUUGCCCGAUUUUCCAGGAAAUUAUGCAAGAUCCACAUGUGGCGGCAGAUGGUUUCACGUACGAAUUAGAGGCUGUGAGAGCUUGGUUGGAUAGUGGGCAUGACACUUCACCGAUGACAAACCUUAAGCUUAAUCAUUUGAGUCUCAUCCCUAAUCAUGCUCUUCGUUCUGCCAUACAAGAAUGGCUAGAGCAACCAUGAGGGUUUUAUUUUUGUUCAUUCAUUCUUUUGUUUCAUGCAUUCAUCCAUUCCUCCCUUCCUUUGUUUGUAUACCAGGUAAGUAAGGCUAAGUUAUGUAUAUAUCUAUCAAUGUAAAAAAAAUAUAAAUCUUAGUGUAUGUCACAGAUAAAUUCACAUACCCUGUAGGUGCUCUUUCCCUAACCAGGGAUGAAGGCUGCAGGCUAAAGUGGCAGCUAAGAAUCUCUUGUCAAUGAAAUAAUUUAUUUGUUA